UUAUUAUGAAUUAUUUAGCAAGUCUGUUUUUUUUUCCUUUUAUUUUUAUGAAGUGUUUCAGUAGAUUUCGAUUUCGUUUUCAGAACUUUCAAAUUUGAGAGUGGGAGACUGAUGAUCUCACUUUUUGUCAUUGUCAGGCUGUCAACAGACACGUGUCAUCUUAAAAAAUUAAUAAAAAUUGAAGUAUAAUAUAAAUAAAUAAUUAAAAUAAACUGACAGAAUAAAAAUAAAUAUCAACAAGUGUUUUAUAAAAUUUUUUGAAUAAAAGUUUGUAUUAUUAUUUGAUAAAUAAUGGUGUACCCAAAAGAUACAGAGUUAAGAAAAAUAGGUACUGCUGAAUUUUUGUAUAUUGUUAAAUUAUUAAAUGAUUCACCAACAUCAGAAACAGGAUCAUGGGCUGUACUGAUGAGAAAUAUCAAGUCACCAGAUGGUCAAUACAGAUUUACAGCUAAAGACGAAAGUCUAGUUGAAGGAGAUGUUGCUAGUAGAAAAAAAUCAGCAGCUGAAAUAUUUCUUGAAGAAUGGUCAACAAUGGGAAAAAAAAGGCCAACAUUAGAAGAUUUAAUGAAUUUACUUGUUGAAGUUAAAUUAAUAAAAGUUGCUAAUUAUGUUGCUGCACUUUUAGGUUGUGAUCCACCAAAAAGACCAGAUUGUAGAGCACCAUUUGAUGUUUCAGAAAUGUUAGAAAAUCAAAUUGAAAAGCAAGAUAAUGGCAUAGAUAAUUCUCAAAUUUCACCAUCAAUAACUGAUGCUGCACCAUCAACAGCAGCUUGUCAUAGUUAUGAUGGUUGUAAAGAUACUAAAUUGAAAUCAUUUGACAAUACUGUACAGCCUCCUCAAUCUUCAUCUUCAUCAUUAUCAACAUCAUCGUCAGGUGUUAAUGAACCACUUCAAAAUGAUACACGUGAAUCAUCAGAUUCAUCAUUAUCAUUAAAAGCAACAAAUGCAGAAACAACGUAUAUACCAAAAAUUGAAAAUGUCAUAUCAUCUGAAAUACCAUCUUUUUUAAAUAAUAAUAAUCCAACUACUUUUGAAUCAAUUACAUCCGAUGAAUCAAUAUCGAUUAACUCAAAUUCAUCAAAUUCAAACAGUGAUAUUGGUUUACCAGUUUUUCUUCCACACUACGAGGAAACAAAAAAAUAAUAAAAUAAUAUUCAACAAAUUAUCAAUAA